AUGAAGCUCCUUUUUCCUCUCAUUGCCAGCCUCAUGCUACAGUAUCAGGUGAAACCAGCAUUUGUGGGCAUGAAAAAAUGUAUACUGGGCUUUGGGAAAUGCAAAGACAGCUGCCUUGCCAAAGAAAUCGAGGUACAGAACUGCAAAUCCAAAAAAUGCUGCAUUGGCCCCAAAGUGACUGAACUGAUUAAAAGCUACCUGAGACAUGAAAUACCCCACAUACCUGACAAGGACAUCGUGGAGAUGCUGAAGAAUGAAAAGAAUUUCAGAGAAGAGAUGCAAAGAAAACACACGUUAGCUGCUCUCUUCCAACCCCAAGAUGCCAGCCCUUCGCACGGUAUCAACUCUGCCAUUGUCCCAAAUACCUCCCCUGUAAAGUUCGUCACCUCUAGGACUCGGAGACAUGGUUUGGAUGGUACUGUUUCCACCAAGAGGCACAUGAAACCAAUCAGGAGUUCUGCCAGUGCUGCCCCCCAGCCAGGACCUGGACCAUCUUAG